CUUGUCUUUCCUCCUCUCUAGGUGAGAUGUAUGUUGAACAUCUGGGGUGUGAUGCUGUUCAUCCGUCUGUCCUGGGUGUUUGGACAGGCCGGCUGGGGUCUGGGCAUUGUGGUCAUUGCUCUGAGCUGUGUGGUGACCACCGUCACAGGUCUCUCCAUGUCUGCUAUUUGCACCAAUGGAGUGGUACGCGGAGGAGGGGCGUACUACCUGAUAUCACGUAGUCUGGGACCAGAGUUUGGCGGUUCCAUUGGUCUCAUCUUCGCCUUCGCUAACGCUGUUGCCGUGGCGAUGUACGUGGUGGGCUUCGCAGAGACUGUGGUUGACCUACUCAAGGAAAACGAUGCCAUGAUGAUAGAUGAGCUGAAUGACAUCAGGAUCAUCGGCUGUAUCUCGGUGGUACUGCUGCUGGGGAUCUCAGUGGCCGGGAUGGAGUGGGAGGCCAAGGCCCAGAUCGGUUUGCUGAUCAUCCUCCUGGUAGCCAUCGUCAACGUCUUCGUAGGAACUGGCAUCCCAGCCUCCACCGACAAGAAGUCCAAAGGAUUCUUUAACUAUGACGCCAAAAUAUUUAUGGAGAACUUACCGCCGGACUUCCGAGAUGGAGAGACGUUCUUCUCUGUGUUCGCCAUCUUCUUCCCUGCUGCCACGGGUAUCCUGGCCGGAGCUAACAUCUCUGGUGACCUGAAGGAUCCCCAGGAUGCCCUCCCUAAAGGAACCCUGCUGGCCAUCCUCAUCACUGGAGUCACAUACCUGGGAGUCGCCCUCUGUGUCUCUGCCACGGUGGUGCGUGAUGCAACAGGAAACAUCAAUGACACCAUUGCCACAGGGAUGGACAUGUUCUGUAACGGUACCAACACUGCUGCCUGUGAGCAGGGAUGGAACUUCUCCUCCUGUGAUGUCAGCAGCUGCAAGUUUGGCUCCAUGAACAACUUCCAGGUGAUGACCAUGGUGUCGGGGUUCGGUCCUCUCAUCACAGCAGGAACCUUCUCUGCCACCCUCUCCUCCGCCCUCGCCUCCCUCGUCAGCGCACCCAAAGUCUUCCAGGCUCUGUGUAAAGACAACAUCUACACUGCACUGAAGUUCUUCGCCAAGGGACACGGCAAGAAUAACGAGCCAAUCAGAGGCUACGUUCUGACUUUCAUCAUCGCUGUCGCCUUCAUAAUCAUCGCCGAUCUGAACGUCAUCGCGCCCAUCAUCUCCAACUUCUUCCUGGCAUCGUAUGCCCUCAUCAACUUCUCCUGCUUCCACGCUUCAUACGCUAAGUCCCCAGGCUGGAGGCCAGCGUACAGGUACUACAACAUGUGGUUGUCUCUGUUUGGAGCGGUGCUCUGCUGUGGUGUGAUGUUUGUCAUCAACUGGUGGGCUGCUCUCCUCACCUACGCAAUCGAGAUCUUCCUAUAUGUCUACGUCACUGUCAAGAAGCCAAAUGUGAACUGGGGCUCGUCCACUCAGGCCGUGACGUUUGUCAGCGCGGUCAACAACGCUCUGUCACUGACCGGAGUAGAGGACCAUGUUAAGAACUUCAGACCUCAGUGUAUGGUGCUGACAGGAGCACCUCAGAACAGACCGGCACUCCUGGACCUGGCUCAUUGUUUCACUAAGAACUACGGACUCUGUCUCACAUGUGAAGUCUUUGUGGGCCCCAGAACAGAGACAUUGACAGAUGUGAACACUGGAAUGGAGAAGAACCAGAUGUGGCUGAAUAAGAAGAAGAGAAAAGCCUUCUAUGCUGCGGUGGCCUGUGACUCCUUCAGACAGGGAACUGAGAACCUCAUGCAGGCAUCAGGUCUGGGUCGUCUGAAACCCAACAUUCUGAUGAUGGGCUUCCAAGAAGGACUGGAGGACAGCAGACACAGUUGGCGUACAGAGCUAUGUAGGAGUACUGCACGAUGCAUUUGACUUUGAGUACGGAACCGUGGUACUAAGGAUGAACCAGGGACUGGACAUCUCACACAUCAUAAAGGCUCAGGGUGAGUACACACACACGCAUG